GGGCAUCACCAGGAAAAAAAUGUUCCUCUCUGGGGUUUUCCAGCCCCAUGGAGCUGGCUAGCAUGCUUGGGCCGUGUGGAAUCUGUUUCUGCCUUGUACACUGGUGGGGUCCCUGAAUGAAGCCUUGCACAAGACUUUCUCCUACAACAGCACGAUGGAAAAUCCUGCUGUUUCCUCUUCUUCCUCGGUGGCUGCACAGGUUCAAAGGGAAAAAAUAUGGGGAGAGAGGAAACAGGAAUGUGUGGCUUAAAAUUUUGAGCAGGAGAAGGAAAGGAUCCUCUUGGCCCUGAGACUUCUCCAGGCAGGUCUGACCUGAAAGUUAUUCUGGGAAUGUCUCACAGUUAUUUCUCCAAGGAAGAUGAAAUCAGUCCAAAAUUAUUUGUGGAAAGUCACAGGUAUGUUUUGAGAGCAGUGUGGGGACACCUGCUUGUUUGGAAGAGUUGUUCCGUGACCCUGCAAAGUGAGGAACUGGUGGCACUGCUGGGAUGGGAUUUGGACUUUCCUGGUAUAUCCCUGGUCCUUUUCCAGUGGCUGAGCUGUGCCAGGAAUGCCCAUGGCAGAGGGAAAUGCCACAGAAUUCGUUCCCUUUGCUCACAGGUAAGAUAUUGGGAACAGGGCUGAUGUUGGAUGUGCAAAUCCAAAGCGUUGAUCUCUCUCUUUCAUCUCCUGAGGGUGCAGGGCAGAGAUGGCUGGGACUCCAUCUCUGCAAGUGUGCACUGAUCUAAGCUCUUGAGUUGAGUGGCAGAGUCCCAUUUGCAAUACUACAUUUUAAUCACUGCCUGCCCUGGCAUCUGUUUGUGGUUGGUGGUGCUGGACUUGGAGGGGGAAUUUCAGGCUCCUCUGCAAAGAGAAGCACUCUCCAUGACCCUGCCUAAUUCCCACCCUAUUUCUAUCAUUCCUCAGGAAGCAGACUGCUGAUUUUGGUGCUUUGCUUGAACAUCCCAUCACAAGUGGAGUCCUGCCCCGGGGCCUGCGUAUGCUACAGUGAACCCAAGAUCACCAUCAGCUGCCAGCAGCAGGGGCUGACAGCCAUCCCCACGGAGAUCCCCAUCCAGAGCCAGCGCAUCUUCCUGCACAACAACCGGAUAACGCUGGUGAGGGCCACCAGCUUCACCUCCUGCCGCAACAUGACCAUCCUGUGGAUCCACUCCAACAACAUCAGCCUCAUCGAGCCCGGGGCCUUCUACGGGCUCACCAAACUGGAGGAGCUGGACCUCAGCGACAACACGAACCUGAAAUCCAUCAACCCCGUCACCUUCCGGGGGCUCGUGCACCUCCAUACCCUACACCUGGAUCGCUGCGGGCUCCUGGAGCUCUCCACGGGGCUUUUCCGAGGGCUGUUCUCCUUGCAGUACCUCUACCUUCAGGAUAAUAACCUCCAGAUCCUACUGGACGACACUUUCAUCGACCUGGCAAACCUCACGUACCUGUUUUUGCACGGGAACAAAAUCAAGAGCUUGUCGGAGAACGUCUUCCGUGGGCUGAUCAACCUCGACCGGCUGCUGCUGCACCAGAACAGGGUGAGCCUGGUGCACCGGCGCGCGUUCCAUGACCUGGGCAAGGUGAUGACCUUGUACCUGUUCAACAACAACCUGACCGUGCUGACGGGGGACACCAUGGCCCCCCUGGUGUCUCUGCAGUACCUGCGCCUCAAUGGCAACCAGUGGAUCUGCGACUGCCAGGCCCGCUCGCUCUGGAAUUGGUUUAAGCAGUUCAAGGGCUCCUCCUCGGAGCUGGAGUGCCACCUGCCCCCUCGCCUGGCAGGGCGGGACCUGAAGCGGCUGCAGAGCUCCGACCUGGACAGCUGUGUGGACUCCUUCAACCAGAUCCGUACCAGCGUUUUCAGCACUAAAACCAGGCUGGCAAAGCUCCCGACGGGGCUGCCCCCGCUGGGCUCCCAUGACGGCUCCUCCAAGUGCUGCCAGCCUGAGAUGGACAAGUCUUUUAUUUAUGAGGCUAAGGGCAAGUCAGGACCCUCCUCCCACAGCAGCCGCUCGUCCAACAACCACCUCAAGGAGAAGGAGAACAUGUCCAGGCCCAAGUACAUGGAGACGGACCCUUCCAAAAAUGGCAGCAACAAGCAGAUAAACGAUUCCCCCUUUGGGACCUUCCCCAGCAUUGUAGACCCUCCUUUGACCAAGUUGAGACCCGAAUUUCUAGAGCCCAUUGAACCUUCCACAGUCCCAACCAAAAAGAGGCAGGGCUGCUCUAAAAAGAACAGAUCAAAGGCCCAGUGCCGCCUCACCCAGCAGGGGAACAGCUCCACGUUACAGCUCAGCCUAAGCCUUUUGAUCCCCCCCUUGGUGUGGAGCUUACUGUUAUUCUGCUAAAAUUAACUCUUUUCCUGGGUUGAUGACACUUUAAUACUCGACUUUUGCUGACCUCCAUAAAUGUUGCAAACAAAAGCAGGACUCCCAUCUGCCCUGAGAAAGCUUUGUUACACAAAACUUAACUGGAUGCCUUUAUUAAAACAAACAAACACAAAACAAAACAAAAAAAGACAAAUACUGAGAUGUACAUAAUUUAUUUGUCCUGAAACCUGUGAAUUAUACCUUUGGUCUUCAGAACUGCACUUGCCCACAAAGCAGCUUUUUGCUACAGCAGAUGGUAAAGAAACAUGGUUUAUUUACAGGAAAAAAGAAAAAAAAAAAAAAGAAGUGUAAGAAAUGCUCUGAAAAGAAUGUCUAAAAUCUGUUUGUAACUUGCCAUCACACUGAACAAUGUUGCAGGUUUCCAUUUGCAGAGGUAAUGGAUUUGAUGCUGUUUUAAUCCUAUGUUGAUGACUCUUGCAGUUUUUCCAUCUCCAUUCCAUCCUUCACACCACGUUUACAGGCAGCAUUUGUUAAAGAAUGCUGCCUUCCCCUUCACAAGAUUGCAGUAUAUAUAGAUAUGCAUUUUAUUUUACUUGUGUACAAGUAUACAAAAAAAACUAUAAAAUAAAGAUUUCUUUUUCCUAA